GGGAGGCACCCGGUCUAGGCACGGUGGUGCCCGGAUGCAGUCAAAGCCCGGGGUACAGCGAGGGAGGCAUACCAUUUCCGGCCAAGGACUUUCGAGCUUGCCCAAAGACAAUAACGACAAUAGGAGGAACAACAACCGCUACCGAGAAUACGGAACGUUACCUUACGAGGUAACCCUCCCCCAGAGGAGGAAGAUAUUCCAGGAGGUCAUAAGGAAACGGAAAUGGGGACGACCCCCCGCCUUUAUCGUUACGCAGGAGCAAGCUGCCAGGAGUCUGACGCAGGGAAAGCUGACCUUCGCGGUGAGGGAUAGAACGGUGUAGCCUGCAGCUCCCGAGGUCACAGCCCCGGGAGCUACGGCCACUGGGGCGCUGGCUUCGGCUGGCGACCUGGAUGUGGGAAUGCAGGAAGUAUAGCCUGGGGCUGCCUCCUUUCACCCGUAGUAUGUGGAAAUCCAAAGCGCCGACCAGAGAGUGUGGUAUGGG